UUCGUUAUGUCACCACCCACCACAACCCGCCUUUGUAGCUUCACCCUGCAUAUCUGUGCCCGACAGCAGCCCCAAAACAAAAUAAAGCCAGAUUUCCCAUCAUAAACAUGUGUGCAUGACGCAGAACGAGCUGCCGUCACCUUUCGAGUUAGCAACAGUAGCACUCGUCCUUAAUCCUUUGCGAGGCGCCAUGCCAAGCGCCGGCGCAAUAUGGAAUCCUCCCCUGACUUCUCGCCGCCCAAGAUCGUACUCCUGGCAGUCCACCUAGCCGCCACCGCCGACAUUACCGGUCUGACAUAUCUGGCUAGCAAGCACAGCCAGAUAUUGCGCAAGGAAAUUUUGCUGCGCAUUCUCCUCACAUAUCUCCCUGAAACUCUACGAAGCGCCGAUUACGUCCCGUUCCUCGUCGAGCUCGAGUCGGACAACCCUCCGCGCGACGACGAUGGCGACGACGGUGAAAAGCCCGAGGCCCACGUCGAGUUUGACGUCCCCUCCAUCGAGGAGCUUCCAGACGACCUGGCCGCCAAAAAGGUCAGAAAACUGCGGCUGCUGCACCUCUCAUGGCCCGAGGCGCCCACCGAGAUAGCGCCCGACGAUCACCUGUCGCUCUUCCUGUUGCGGCGCGCAUACAGGAUAGACGAGGAGGCAGGGUUGUUGGACGAGGUACCCGGACUUUUUGCGCCCUUUCUGGACCACUCGGCCUACCUCAGGACGUGGUUGAUCUCGGUGGUUUUACCCCUGAUACGACGAAAUUUCGCCUACUAUCCCCAGCAGCCAAUAGAACAAACGCUCGCCGAGUUCGAACGCCUCCCAGAUCGUUCCGCUGUCUCUCUGCUCCUCUCACAAACCGGCACCCAGGAGGACAGCCCGUACGACGUCGUGGGCAGGGAUCUGCGGGGUAUGGUUGGCCCAUGGCUGCACAACGACGUGAGGUGGUCCGGCAGCAAGCGGCGGGGCUCGACGGCGUCGUCCAAGGCCACAGCCUCACCAUCAGCCGAGACCGGAGGCCAAGGUGGCACGUGCCCUGGCUGGGACGAGAUGCUCGAAUGGCUCACCUCGCACGCCUCCAAGCCGUCGUGGAAGGUCGCUGUGGGUGCCAUAGAGCAGUGGGAUGGCCCCGAAGAUGCCGACCUGGGCGAAUACGAGGGCUUGGCUUGGCUACAGGAGGAGCACCAGCAGUACAUGGAGCGGAGGUAUGCCCGCGCAGCGCUGGCCUCGGCGUACCUCGUCCCUGAAGCAUCCGUCGAGGCGCUCAACGGGAUCCACACUAUUGUGACCAAAAUCAUGACUCUUUUGGAUGAAGACCCCUGCCCGCCGCUGAACACGGCCGCCUCGCUUCUUGCUCCCAUGGCGGUGCUGGACGGCGCCUCGGCCGAGAUAUUGCUUCCCAAGAAUGCCACUCACCUCCGGACGGACCCUUUGGACAAUGCGAACCCACUUACAACCCCAUCGGCGCCCGCCGCUCGCCUUUUGCACGCCGCCAGCCUCAGCGCCUUCAUCAUGUCCCGCGCAGGCGCCCCCUGCACCGCCAGGCGAGCGGCCGAGCUGUGCCUGUUGCAGAACGAGCGGGACCAGAAGGCCGAGGCCUCGAAGCUGCUGCACGCUGUCGCCAACAACGGCCCCAAGACGGACGACAAGUACUGGAUUAGGGCCAGGAACGAGAUAAUGUGGCUCCGCGACUGGGGCACCGAGGAAAACAACGAAACCACAGCCCUGCCUGGCAGCGGCAAGGGCGUAUUUGGACAGGUCAAAAAGGAGUUUAUCGAAGUUGAGAUGUUGAAGGCACUCCUCAACAACACCAGAUACUCGCUUGCCAAGUCCCUAUAUGAAGACUCGACGGACCAGCCAUUACCGCGCAAAACCAUGCAAGACACAAUAUUCGCAUGUGCGAUGAGCGCUUACGACAAUGCCUCAAAUCCCAACCGCGGUAGGGGUGGUCUCAAGAAGUGCGACGAAAUUAUCCACUCGUUCCCCAAGACAGUCGAGAGGGCGCUGCCAGCAACCCAGAGGUUAGAGGCGCUGCUCCGGACCACGCAGGGACUGAGCCAGUACCGGUUGGUUCUCAAGCAGGGCGAGCCAUUUGCCCCCGUGGUCCUCAGGGUGCACAAGGACCCUGUCUUGAUCGUGGAGAAGGUGCUGGAACAAAAUCCAAAGAGCUAUACCAACAUCCAGGACUUGAUCGACGUUGGAACAAGUAUGGUUGAAGCAGGGCUCACGGUGCGAGACAAGGCUGAGCAUCCGGCCCUAACCCCUGAGCAAGAGCCAGCCCAACGCUUCAUUGCCGAAAGGCGAAUUACGGCCAUGUGCAUCGACGCUGCGCUGACCGAAGAUGACUUUGAGACGGCAUACUCGUAUGUUGUCAACCGCCUCCCUGCGGUGAGCCCACCCUCUGCCCCCGGACCUUCUUCCCAGGCCGCGGCGGACGAGUGGUCAUGGAAGGCGGCGCUGCAGGCGGGUAAGUACCGCCGCACGACGCAGACUGUACGGCCGACACACCUGGGCACAGGCAGCGGCAACCCCGAGAUCCGGCACCUCGAGCAGCGCAUCGAGUGCCUGUCGGCGGCGCUGCGCAUUGCCCCGACCGCGACGCUGCAGGAGAUACUUAACGCGUUCCGGCGCUGCGAGGAGGAGCUCGACGUGGCGGUCCGAGCUGAGGCCGAAAGCGAGCGCGCCUGGGACGACGCGGGCGACAUGCAGGCCAUGCCAGGGGGCUUUUCUGCCGCCACCUCGGGCCCCGCCGGUGUCAGUCGCGCGGCGGGCAGCUUCUCCAGUGCGGCCAGGCAACAGACGGACGAGGCGCCGUUAUCGCUCUUCGACCUGUCGCGGGCGACGGCGCGGGCGGCGCAAAAGAACCUUUCGGCGCUAUCCAGUCUCAAACGGCAGCCCGCGAACGCGAGGGAUGCCUCCCCAGCCGCCGGCAGCGUGCGAAGCGGCGCAGAUCACAACGAGACGUCGCUAGUAUCUUCCCUAGCGUCGCUGACUUCCUUAUCCAUGUCGGCUUCGUCGUCGUCGCAGGGCGUCGACCACUCGGACGGCGAACCGCGGACGCGCAAGAGGGACCAGUUCAGGGAGGCGGCCGUCGGGACACUGGUGUCGGGUGUCGGAUGGCUCGUUGGCGCGCAGCCUACGAACCCCGGUCAGGAGAGGGACUGAUGCAACGAUUCUCGCCACGCUGUUGUGUUUCUUGAGCUCGGGUCCAUGCCCUCGGGAUACGUACUUGCAUUUUAUACAUGAUUCCCUAGAGGUUUAAUAAAGCAAGAUUGACGGCGA